AGUAGCAUUUUUUGUUGGACGCAUCACGCGUAGGUGCCACGCGCCUUCUCUUGGUUGUGUCUGAGGGUUGAGGAGUGAGGACUGAGGAAUAAAGGUGCAGAGAUUCAGAUUCAGAGUUGUUUUUACGAUGGCACUGUCAGAGGUGUUCACCUGGCAGCGUACCAGCAGUGCACUGGAUGCGCUGGAAGCACUGCUGCGCUGCAGUGGCUGCGGCGUCAUCGCCACAGAGCCACGCCGCUAUGGCCGCUGCGCGCACGUGUUCUGCGGCCCGUGCGCCGAUAUCAGCGGCACGUGCACCUUGUGCGCGGUGCCGUCGGAGGCUCGUGAGCAGCGCACGGACACGACGCUGAGCGCGAUGGCCGCCGGCUGCGCUGAGCUGCGGCAGCUACUGGGUCUCGGUGGAGCUCAGACAGCACCGCCGCAUGAUUCCACGGCGCCGCCGCACGAUUCCACAGCGCCGGUCGAACGGAGAGAGCGGAGUCCGAGGAAGAAGGCAGAGCGAGGCGGUGGUGAUGGAAGACAGAAAGAAGAGGUGAAGGAGAAGGAAGGUGGGAACAAAGCCAGACAAAAGAAGGAGUCACAGAAGAAAGAUGACGGAGACGUCGCCGGGAAUGCGGAAAAGGAGAGGAAGUCAGAAGGAAAAGGCACGAAGACGAAACGGAACGUGGAGAAGCCCAGCGAUAAGCCAGCUGAGGACCCUGGCUCGUCCAAGAAGCCGCGCGCUCCACCGUCGGGCCAGUCCGGGACGGGUGGCCGGCGCACGCAGUCCUCGGGCUCCUCACUGGUCUCCAGCGCGGGCCUCACCAAACGAAACGCCAAGGGGGAGACGCGUCUGCACGCCGCCUGUGUGCGCGGCGACCUGGAGCGGGUCAGCGAUCUGCUGGCGGCCGGCGCCUCGCCCAACACCCAGGACAACGCCGGCUGGACGCCGCUCCACGAGGCGUGCGAGGCCGGCCGGCUGGAGCUGGCGGCCGCGCUGCUCGAGGCCGGCGCGCUGCCCGACCCGCCCGGUCUGCAGCUGCGCACACCGCUGCACGAGGCGGUGGCCGCCGGCCGCGCCGAGCUGGCCGCCCUGCUGGUCGGUCGCGGCGCCGACCCUGACGCCCGCUGUCUGUACGGCACCACGCCGCGCCAGCUGGCGGCCGGACGCGCGGAGAUGGAGGCGGCUCUGGAUACACCGCGACAGGCGCCGUCUACCAGCCAGACGGAGCCCUCAGCUGACGGAGCAGUCGUUCUCGCCGCAACCGAGCUGUCGACCUCCGCCGUCGGCGCGCUAAAGAAGACGGCCACUCGGCUCGGCUGGAAGUUUGCCGCCGCUGUCACAGACGCCACCACGCACCUGGUGUGUGCCGAGCGGCCGCCGGGUCUGAGCGUGCCGCGGCUGCGCGCGCUGCUCGCCGGCGCCUGGCUGGUGACCGCCGACUGGACUGACGCCUGCGCGGAGGCCGGGCACACGCUGCCGGCCGAGCCGUGGCACGUGGCCGGGGAGGCGGGCAGCCGUGCGUGCCGCCGCCGCCAGCGUCUGCAGCCGCCGCUGCUCACCGGGCUGCACGUCUACCUGCAGGGCGCCUUCAAGCAGCUGCCCCGCGCCGAGCUGACCUCGCUGAUCCAGCUGGCGGGAGGUCACGUGCUCAGCCGGCCGCCCAACCCAGAGGCGAUACCGCCAGCAGAGAAGACGGUGCCCUACCACGCGGCCGAGGGGUCGCCGCUGCGCAACACCUCACAUCUGGUAAUAUUCGAGGAGCCACCGGCUAUCCAGUACGACAUGGCGCACGUCAAGAGUCUGCCGCUCGCCUGGCUGCUGCUGUCCCUCGAAACGCACACGCUGGCGGACCCAAUCCGAUUGUCCAAGAUGGUUGUUCGCUUCAAUACGUAAAGGAGCAUUGGUUUAUAUUGCUGCAUUGUUUUUGAUAAUCGCCAGUACAACGCAUUUCAAUAUUGGAUUCGGAUCGGCUGCAUUAUGGUCGUGGUCAAGUGUGCCCUUCAACCAGCAGCCGGCGGUAGAACUGGGACCCUCUGCUACCGCCGGCACUUUACACGCCACCGGCAGUUUCUCUCCAGCUGUGGACUCUGAGGAGGAGGCCGUGUUCCGUAAGCUAGACGAGCUGCUCACCGCAGUAGACACAGAGGCGCGUGCCUCGUGUCUGCACCUGUACGGAGCCGGCGGUCGGUGCUUCCACUGUGCACGUUCGCGUCAGAACGACUCGGAUAGAUCGGUUGUGUACGCUCUGGACGGCCGGAAGCCUGUGUGUUUGAACCUGCUGCCAGCGAACUGUUCUGUCCUUUCCUUCGGCGUCAACCAUGAUUUCUCCUUCGAAGAGACCAUGGAGGACCUGGGCUGCAUGGUCCACGCAUUCGACCCCACCAUGGGAGUGAGCAGCUUCCGCAAGUCGAGAAACAUCCACUUCCACAGCUUGGGGAUCGGGUCCAGCGACGCGGAGCUGGGCGGCUUUCCGGUGGCCAGUCUGGGCACCAUAGUGCGCAGGGCUCGAGUGCGACCGGGGACCAUCCACUACCUGAAGCUGGACGUGGAGACGAGCGAGUGGGAGGCUCUACACCAACAGCUGACCACUGGCGGCGACCUUCUCCGCGUCCAGCAGCUAAACGUCGAGUUCCACCUGCUCCAGUGGUCCCCCACCAUCGCCGAGGGGGAGGGCAUGAAGGUGCCGAGGAGGAACGAGGUCUCACGCGAGAACGCUGUGCGGUUUAUCGCCGUCGUGGAGGCGCUUCAAGCAGCUGGCUUCGGACUGGUGUCAUCAGACCCAAACCUAGUGUGUCAGGACUUUGAAGAUGGAUGUCUUUCUUUUCUAUAUGACACCCAUUGGGUGAACAAGAAAAUCAGCGCUAACCGCUCAUGAGACACUGCUGUGUAUUAUCUGGAGUAACAUUUUUAAUGAGUCUAUAGAAAUUUUGAAUUUGAAAAAUUUUGGCUUGACACGGCGAUACAGGAUAACGAUGGUAUUCCGUGUACGGUGCAAGCGCGGGCGAUCAGGUAAUGUUGAACGUUAUACAACAAUGCUCAAUAAGUUUGCGUUCACCCUAUACCUAUAAAAACCUUCAUGCUUAAUGCAUCACUCUUCUAAAUAAAAUAAAAUAAAAAAAAACA